AUGCACUGGCUCCCAGCAGGCCACGACCUCAGCGGGGCCCUGGAGCCCUCCAACCUGGACACCAGCAUCCUGGAGGACUACAUCAGCAAGGAGGACGCCUCCGACCUCUGCUUCCCUGACAUCUCUGCUCCAGCCAGUGCCGCCUCCUACGCCCACGGGCAGCCGGCCAUCCCGGGCGCCAGCGGGGUCCUCCACCUGAGCCCACCUGGGGGUGGACCCUCCCCGGGGCGCCAUGGCCCCCUCCCUCCCCCGAGCUACAGCGCCCCGCUCAACUGCAACAACAACAAUGGCAUGGGCGCCGCUCCCAAGCCCUUCCUGGGGGGCUCUGGGCCCCCCAUCAAGGCAGAGCCCAAGGCUCCCUAUGCCCCAGGCACGCUGCCCGACUCCCCCCCAGACUCGGGCUCCGAGGCCUACUCCCCCCCGCAGGUGACCGACCCUCACCUCCUGCGCACCAUCACCCCCGAGACCCUGUGCCACAUGGGAGGGCCCUCCCGCCUGGAGCACCUGCCCCCACCCCCAGCCCACCUGCCAGGCCCCCCACCGCCCCCGCCACCCCCACCUCACUACCCCGUCCUACAGCGGGACCUGUACAUGAAGGCGGAGCCCCCGAUGCCCCCCUACGCUGCCAUGGGGCAGGGGCUGGUGCCCGCCGACCUGCACCACACCCAGCAGUCCCAGAUGCUGCACCAGCUGCUGCAGCAACACGGAGCUGAGCUCCCCACACACCCCUCCAAGAAGAGGAAGCACUCCGAGUCGCCCCCCAACACCCUCAAUGCCCAGAUGCUGAACGGGAUGAUCAAACAGGAGCCGGGGACGGUGACCGCCCUGCCGGCACACCCGCCUCGGGCCCCCUCCCCGCCCUGGCCUCCCCAGGGCCCCCUCUCCCCAGGCCCUGGCUCCUUGCCUCUCAGCAUCGCCCGGGUCCAGACACCGCCUUGGCACCCACCAGGUGCCCCCUCGCCAGGUCUCCUGCAGGACAAUGACAGCCUCAGUGGCUCCUACCUGGACCCCAACUACCAGUCCAUCAAGUGGCAACCACAUCAGCAGAACAAGUGGGCGACACUGUACGAUGCCAACUACAAGGAGCUGCCCAUGCUCACCUACCGCGUGGACGCCGACAAGGGCUUCAACUUCUCGGUGGGCGACGACGCGUUCGUGUGCCAGAAGAAGAACCACUUCCAGGUGACGGUGUACAUCGGCAUGCUGGGCGAGCCCAAGUUCGUGAAGACGCCCGAGGGCCUCAAGCCCCUCGACUGCUUCUACCUGAAGCUGCACGGCGUGAAGCUAGAGGCCCUGAACCAGUCCAUCAACAUCGAGCAGUCUCAGUCGGACCGAAGCAAGCGGCCCUUCAACCCUGUCACGGUCAGCCUGCCCCCUGAGCAGGUCACGAAGGUGACGGUGGGACGCUUGCACUUCAGCGAGACCACCGCCAACAACAUGCGCAAGAAGGGCAAGCCCAACCCUGACCAGAGGUACUUCAUGCUGGUGGUGGCCCUCCAGGCCCACGCACAGAAUCAGAACUACACGCUGGCCGCCCAGAUCUCAGAGCGCAUCAUCGUGCGGGCCUCCAACCCAGGCCAGUUUGAGAGCGACAGUGACGUGCUGUGGCAGCGGGCACAGGUGCCCGACACAGUCUUCCACCACGGCCGUGUGGGCAUCAACACAGACCGUCCUGAUGAGGCGCUGGUCGUGCACGGCAACGUCAAGGUCAUGGGCUCACUCAUGCACCCGUCGGACCUUCGGGCCAAGGAGCACGUGCAGGAGGUGGACACCACGGAGCAGCUGAAGAGGAUCUCGCGCAUGCGCCUGGUGCACUACAGAUACAAGCCCGAGUUCGCCGCCACCGCGGGCAUCGAGGCCUCGGCGCCGGAGACGGGUGUCAUCGCCCAGGAGGUGAAGGAGGUGUUGCCCGAGGCCGUGAAGGACGCGGGCGCCGUGGUCUUCGCCAACGGGAAGACCAUUGAGAACUUCUUGGUGGUGAACAAGGAGCGCAUCUUCAUGGAGAACGUGGGGGCCGUGAAGGAGCUGUGCAAGCUGACCGACAACCUGGAGACGCGCAUCGACGAGCUGGAGCGCUGGAGCCACAAGCUGGCCAAACUGCGGCGCCUGGACAGCUUCAAGUCCACCGGCAGCUCCGGCGCCUUCAGCCACACAGGGAGCCAGUUCAGCCGGGCAGGCAGCGUCCCCCACAAGAAGAGGCCCCCCAAGGUGGCCAGCAAGCCGCCCUCUGUGGUCCCGGAGCAGGCCUGCGUCAGCCAGCGCUUCCUGCAGGGGACCAUCAUCGCCCUGGUGGUGGUCAUGGCCUUCAGCGUGGUGUCCAUGUCCACGCUGUACGUGCUGAGCCUGCGCACCGAGGAGGACCUGGUAGAGACGGAUGGCAGGGCCAGCCAGAGCUUUGGGACCACUCAGCUCCGACAGUCGCCCGUGACCACUGGGCUGCCAGGCACACGGCCCUCUUUGCUGCUGGUUACCACCGGCCUGACCCACUCAGCCCCAGGACCGGCCAUCCGCACCCUAGACCUGUGCUCCAGCCCCCCCUGCCCCGUCGUCUGCUGCUCCUCACCCACGCCAGGCCCUGCCACUCGCCCUAGUCUUGGCCCCAGCUUUGACCCCAGCCAUGGUCGCAGCCCCAGUCCCAGCCCCUCCACUAACCACUCAGACCCCAGCCAGAUGGCCCCGCUGCCCGGCACCAACAUCAGAGCCAAGUCCUGGGGCCUGGCAGCCAAUGGCAUCGGCCACUCCAAGCAUUCAAAGAGCUUGGAGCCCGUGGCCAGUCCUUCAGUCCCCUUCCUGGGGGGGCAGGGCAAAACCAAGAACAGCCCCAGCCUCCGAAUCCAUGGCCGGGCCCGCCGAGGGGUCCCCCCGCCCACUCAGCCCUGGGGCCAAGCAGACUCGGCGCCCGCCCUCACCUCCAUCCGGCUGCUGGAGAACUCGAUGCCCAUCACCGCCCAGCACUGUGCUCCGGGGGGCCCCUGCAGGCCUGGGAACUUCACCUACCACAUCCCUGUCAGCAGCAGCACGCCCCUGCACCUCAGCCUGACCCUGCAGAUGAACUCCUCGUUCCCCGUGUCCGUGGUGCUGUGCAGCCUGAGGUCGGAGGAGCCGUGCGAGGAGGGGGGCUUUCCACAGAGCCUCCACGCCCACCAGGACACCCAGGGCACUUCCCACCAGUGGCCAGUGACCAUCCUGUCCUUCCGUGACUUCACCUACCACUUCCAGGUGGCCCUGCUGGGACAGGCCAACUGCAGCGCGGAGGCCCCGGUCCCGCUGGCCACGGACUACUACUUCCGCUUCUACCGCCUGUGCGACUGA